AUGGCGGUAGAACGCGAAGGGUCUGCGUACGGACCAACGCAGCGUGAUCUUCGCACCAUCGCAACAUUACCAGAAAUCAUUUCCUGUAUAUCUUCCCUUCAGUCGAGGGAGGGAGAGUUGUCCGCCGAGCUCGCGGAUACAUUGUCUGACCGGGCUGCUAUAACCGACUCGCUGUCCUCGCUUCAAUCCCUGCUGCCUCACCUGGACAACUUGUGUCUUGAGGCAGAAUGCUUCCAUGCUACCGCGUCGGCAACUGCAAAGACUGCAGACCAUGUUGGAGGCCAUGUGCGCCUGUUAGACGAAGAGAUGCGCCGAGUACGGGAAGCGGCGGAGAGAGUUGGUCAGGUCAUGGAAUUGAAGUCAGCUCUUGCUGCGCUGCAGUCUUCAAUGAUAGAAAAAGACUGGGAAGCCGCGACAAGACAUUGUGCCCGUGCAAUGUCGCUACCAGCUGAAGUCAUCUCCGGACAGUUCGCGGAAACAGCGGUGCCGACCCCAGAAAGUCAUUUGCCGCCGGCGCAGACUUUGCAAGCUAUACGCGAUGAACUAUUGGCGAUAUUUCGGCGCGAGUUCGAGAAGGCGUCACAAUCUCGAGAUGCUGCCGCAACAAGUCGGUUCUUCAAGCUGUUUCCAUCGAUUGGUUGGGAGGUGGAGGGCUUGGAAGCCUAUGCUGCUUUCGUCGUCGAUCUUGUUCGAGUCCGAGCACCAGCCUCUGCGAGAACUUCGUCGCCUCUGUACUACAUCACUGCAUUGACAGCUCUGUUCGAGAGCAUUGCUGUCAUUGUGGAUCAACACCAACCUAUUGUGGAGAAAUACUACGGCCCAGGCAAGAUGACGCGCGUGCUCGAACGUCUGCUUCGCGAAGCAGAUCAAGUCGUGCAGGAUCUGAUAGAGGGCUGGGAGGAGGAAAGAGCGGUCAAGCGCAAGGUCUUCGAUGAGGAAGCGCUGGCACCGCGCGAAGUCGACGGGCUCCUGACGGAAAUGGUCGGGAUGAGCGGCCGGUGGAGCUUAUUUCGGAAGUUCAUGUAUGACCGACUGAAGGACGAUGAGGGCGAUGCAGAAGGCGCAGAGGACUUCCAAACACAUGACGCAACUGACUAUCCACCAAAGUCAGAGCCUCCUGCCGACGGUUCCAUACCUUCGCAAGACGAGCUACAGGCACUCGAUAGUUCCGACUCACAUGAAUUGUUCAAGGACAUCCUGAUGACAUACUAUAUCCCACUCGAAGUUUGGUAUACCCGUGUGAUUAUAGACAAGGCCCAUCGCUCUUCAAACACUGACGCCUUCCAAUCCCCUGCUAUAACCACUACGCCGGACGAUGUUUUCUACAUGUUGAAGCUCGUCAUCUCUCGAGUACUAUCCUGUGGCUUCGCAACAGCUGUGAAAAAGGCAACUGAACAGCUGCGAGAUAUUGUCGAUCGUGACUACAUAGUAGUGAUUAAGAAGAAGCUUGAUGAUGUAUAUCGAACGGGAUCUGCAGGUGGUGUACGUGCUGAAAAGGCGGAACGCGAGAACCGGAAGUCCUUCAUCAUUCUGCUCAAUGACCUUGACGUGUCUGCGACGUACAUGGAACGUCUUAUGCAAGAAUUGGCCGCAUCGUCACACAUCCACCAAUUUUUCCUCCAAAAUGAGACAGAGUCCGUGAGAAAGAGCGUCCUAUCAUUUAACAGCACAGUGUCGAAACUCAAAUCAGCCCUUCGGGCGGGCAUCGAGCAACUCUUCAACCAACUCAUGCGGCCUAAAUUGCGCACAUUCAUACAGGAUGUAUACAAAGAUGUGUCUUACAUCCUCGAAGAGGACAAUUACACCACUUCUGAUCAACGCGAGACAGUACGGAAACGUUUCGUGAAGGCAUGGGAGACUCUUGAUGUAUUUACCGAUAGUAACUAUCGCCUCUUCUUCGGACUCGCCCUCGACGUGCUCGUACGGCCAUGGGAGCGCUUAGUGGUUACAUUUAGAUACAACGAGCUUGGCGCCAUACGGUUUGACCAGGACUUACGUUCAAUCAUGUCUUUCUUGUCCUCUCAAACUGUCUUCGGAGACGUGAGAGAGAAGUUUGUCCGUCUACAGCAGAUUUCCACACUGCUGAACUUGGACUCGGACGAGGAUGUAGAAGAAUUCUACAACGGGUCGGGUAUCGCAUGGCAGUUAAACGACCAGGAAGCUCGGGCCAUUGCAGCAUUGAGAAUUUGA